CACCGACCGGACGUUGAUCCCGCACGGACCAAAACAAAAAGCAGUUGACGUGGAAAGAAGGACGCUCGAUAAUGUGCGAUGGCUGACGCUAAGGUAGAAUCAGCAGCCGACAGCUCCUCUACUGCUGCUUUGUUACAGAAUACAAACGCGACGUCUCAGCCCAACAACCCGCUGUCGAGGAAGCUGAAUAAAAUUUUGGAAACUCGGCUUGACAAUGACAAGGAGAUGCUGGAGGCUCUUACGGCCCUGUCGGAGUUCUUCACUGAGAACAGCCUGCGUACACGCAGGAACCUGCGCGGUGACAUAGAGCGAAGGAGCCUGGCCAUCAACGAGGACUUUGCGCGGAUAUUCAAAGAAGUCAAGGAGGAGCUCGAGAGUGUUCACGAGGACGUUCAGGCCAUGAGCACCUGCUGUGCGGAGAUGACCAGCAGGCUAAAGGCCGCUAAGGAGCAAACUCAAGACUUGAUUGUGAAAACCAACAAGCUUCAAGGAGAAAACCGCCGUCUCGAGGUCAGGGCCCAGGUGGCGCAGGCCUUCCUGGCCAAGUUCCAGCUGUCCAGUGAGGAGAUGAGCACACUGCGCGGGGCCAGAGAUGCGCCCAUUUCAGAGGAUUUCUUCAAAGCUCUGAGUCGAGUGAAGCAAAUCCACGAGGAUGUUAAAAUACUGUUGCGGACCAACCAGCAGACUGCAGGGCUGGAGAUCAUGGAGCAGAUGGCCGUGUUGCAGGAGGCGGCGUACGAGCAACUCUACCGCUGGGCACAGAAUGAAUGCAGAGGAUUAACCCAGGAGAUGUGCGAUAUCAGCCCCAUAUUGACUCAAGCCAUGGAGGCCCUACAGGACCGGCCUGUCCUUUACAAGUACACCCUGGAUGAGUUUGGGACGGCGCGCAGGAGCGCGGUGGUGCGUGGCUUCAUCGAUGCCCUAACGCGUGGGGGACCGGGCGGGACCCCCCGUCCCAUUGAGAUGCACUCGCAUGACCCGAUGAGGUACUUGGGCGACAUGCUGGCCUGGCUGCACCAAGCCACCGCCUCCGAGAGGGAGCACCUGGAAGCGCUGCUCAAGAGCGUCACUCUGCAGGAUGUGGAGGACAACAUGCAGGAGGUGGUCGGACACAUCACGGAAGGAGUGUGUCGCCCUCUGAAAGUUCGGAUAGAGCAGGUCAUCGUGGCCGAGCCGGGCGCGGUGCUGCUUUACAAGCUGUCCAACCUGCUCAAGUUCUACCACCACACCAUCAGCUCCAUCGUGGGAACCGGCGCGGCCGCUUUGCUCAUGACCAUCGAGGAGAUGCACAUGCUCAGCAAAAAGAUGUUCUUCAACAGCUUGAGCCUUCACGCAAGCAGACUCAUGGACAAAGUGGAGCUCCCCCCUCCCGACCUGGGCCCCACCACUUCCCUCACCCAGACGUUGGCUCUCCUCAGGGAGGUUCUGGCCUCUCACGACUCCUCCGUGGUCCCCGUGGGUGCUCGCCAGGCCGACUUUGCCCAAGUGCUCUCGUGCAUUUUGGACCCUCUCCUGCAGCUGUGCACGGUCUCGGCCAGUAACCUGGGCACGGCCGACAUGGCCACCUACAUGGUCAACUCGCUGUACGUUAUGAAGACCACGCUGGCGCUUUUUGAGUUCACAGAUAAGAGGCUGGAGAUGCUUGAGUUCCAGAUCGAGGCUCACCUUGACACGCUGAUCAACGAGCAGGCCUCUUACGUGCUGACCAGAGCGGGCCUCAGCUACAUCUACAACUGCGUCCAGCAGCACGACGCCAAGCAGGGUCCUCUGUCCCUCGUGCCCGGCAUGGACGUCUCCUCGGUGAAAGCGGCCAUGGUCCAGUUCGACCGCUACCUGUCGUCACCUGACAGCCUGGCGAUGCCUCAGCUCAACUUCCUGCUCAGCGCCGCCAUCAAGGAGCAGAUCUUCUCGCAGUCCACCGAGCUGGUGUGCCGGGCAUACGGCGAGGUGCACGCGGCGCUCAACAGCCCGGCCAACGCCUACAAAGACCCCGAGCGCCUCCUUCCCAGAUCCCCGCAGCAGGUCCGGGCCUUGCUGCUGUGAGAGACGUGCCCGCCGCCUGGUCCCCACCGGUCCGUCAGGUUAUUUCCAGCGCGCCGUCAUGGGUAAUCAUAACACUGGCGUGGACACGUGUGGCCCGCUUUAGGUGGGGUUCUGCGGCCGGUGAGUCACCUCCCACGUCUUGUCUAUGGACGGCUCACCAAUAUUGUCAUUGCAUUAAUAUGUCACCAAGAGUUUGUUUUUUUAUUUAGAUGGUUGGAUCGGAUACAAAAGCGAUGUUUAUGCCCCAUCACAAAGUACUUCUUUUUUUUUUUUUU